UCUCAGCAGCUACUGUUCCCCGUGGUUCUCCGUUUCUACACUCGGCCUCACUGUACACCAUCAGAUACUCUUCUCGACGGGGUUGAAAUGUUACAUUUUCGGUCAACUGUCGCGCUCAAGGAGUUAUUUCAAACCCAGCUGAAGCGUCCGAUGACAUGCAGAGUUGGUGUUGCAGCAGCCACCGCAACCUCCGCCUGCUUCAGCACCGUUAGUUUGGAUGGGAGGUCGCCGGGGAGAGGGAAGGCGUUUGCCGGGUGGAGAGCCCCGCCGCACCUCACCAGAAGGCACGGCGUCAGAGACUUUUGCUCCAAAGGUGACGGCCAUAAUGAAGCCGCCAAGGACUCCUCAGCAGAGAAGAGAAGGAAGGCAGGCAUCCUGCCCAGCCUGGAGGACCUGCUCUUCUAUACCAUCGCAGAGGGCCAGGAAAAAAUCCCUGCACACAAAUUCACCACAGCUCUUAAAGCCACGGGGCUUCGCACAGGAGACCCUCGGCUGAAAGAAUGUAUGGAAAUGCUGAAGGUGACUUUGAAGACGACCUCUGACGGAGCGCUGGACCGACACCUCUUCAAGAAAUGUGUCCAGAGCAACAUUGUUCUGCUCACCCAGGCCUUCAGGAAGAAGUUUGUCAUCCCAGAUUUCCAGUCCUUCUGUGCCCACAUAGAUGACCUCUAUGACAAUGCUAAAAACAUGUCUGGAGGGCAGGUGGCUGACUACAUUCCCCAGCUGGCCCGCUUCAGCCCAGACCUGUGGGCUGUCGCCCUGUGCACCGUCGAUGGACAGAGACACACUGUCGGUGACACCAAGGUCCCUUUCUGUCUGCAGUCUUGUGUUAAGCCGCUGAAAUAUGCCAUCGCCGUUCACGACCACGGCACCGAGUAUGUGCACCGCUUCAUUGGCAAAGAGCCCAGCGGUCUGCGAUUCAACAAGCUCUUCCUGAACGAGGAGGAUAAACCACACAACCCCAUGGUUAAUGCUGGCGCUAUCGUCUGCACCUCGCUCAUUAAGCAAGGGGCAAGCAAUGCUGAAAAAUUUGAUUAUGUCAUGAACUUUAUGAACAAACUGGCAGGAAAUGAGUACGUGGGCUUCAGCAACGCCACUUUCCAGUCAGAGCGAGAGUCUGGAGACAGAAACUUUGCCAUCGGCUACUACCUGAAGGAGAAGAAGUGUUUUCCGGAGGGCACAGACAUGACCUCCAUCCUCGACUUCUACUUCCAGCUGUGCUCCAUCGAGGUGACCUGUGAGAGCGCCAGCGUCAUGGCGGCGACUCUGGCCAACGGCGGCUUCUGUCCAAUCACAGGAGAGCGUGUGCUGAGCCCCGAGGCGGUGCGAAACACUCUGAGUCUCAUGCAUUCCUGCGGCAUGUAUGACUUCUCAGGACAGUUCGCUUUCCAUGUUGGUCUGCCGGCUAAAUCUGGUGUCGCUGGCGGGAUUCUGCUGGUUGUUCCAAACGUGAUGGGCAUCAUGUGUUGGUCUCCUCCACUCGACAAGCUGGGCAACAGCGUCAGAGGCAUCCAGUUCUGCACGGACCUAGUUUCUCUCUGUAACUUUCACAACUAUGAUAACCUGAGACACUUUGCUAAGAAACUGGAUCCUCGCAGGGAGGGAGGAGACCAGAGGGUGAAGUCAGUGAUCAAUCUGCUGUUUGCUGCUUACACUGGAGACGUCUCAGCCCUGAGGAGGUUUGCGUUGUCCUCCAUGGACAUGGAGCAGAGGGACUACGAUUCCAGGACUGCCCUGCACGUGGCAGCUGCUGAGGGACAUGCUGAGGUGGUUCGCUUCCUGCUGGAGGCCUGUAAAGUCAACCCAGUUCCGAGAGACAGGUGGGGGAACACACCGAUGGACGAAGCGGUCCACUUCGGCCACCACGACGUGGUGACCAUCCUCCGCGACUACCACACCCAGUACAGCCCUCAGGAAACCACGCCCGACAAGCAGAAUGCAGAGAAGAACCUGGACGGCAUGCUGUGAAGGGAAACAGCUGAAGAAGAGAAGCUGGUUGGUUGUGUGUUCAAGAAGUCAGCUCAGUCAACCUGGAUGGGAUGCUGUGAGGGGCGACAGAAGGCCGUUUGCACUUGAGAAAAGAAAUAAAUCUUACAUCAAAACAACUAGAAAGGAAAUUGUAUUAAACAUCACACAUAGAAAACAUGAAAUCAACCCAGACAAAAACUGAAUAUCUGAACAAAAUCCCCUUAGAGACAACUUAGAUGACAGCCCCCUUAAACACAGAGCAGCCACCGUCCCUCCAGUGUAAUCGCACCUCAUCAUGUUAUUAGAUGUUGUUGGUUUUUGUACUGUAUCAGUGUGUGUACUUUGAGUGGGGAAAUAUUUUUAUUUCAUUUCUCCUUCUGUAUUUCGCCAUCAGCUUUGUAGCUUUGUAGGAAGUAAUCAGCCCCCAGUUGAAUGCUGGGUAAAUUCAGGUGCGGCCGGUAAGUCAAUGGACUCUGUUAUUUACUUUCAGAGCGUGGAUUUUACUAUGAAAAGCUGAAAACAGGAAGUCUAGCAGGUGUUACAGACAGUUAAAAACCUUCCUCACAUCAUCAUCACAACGUGGUGGAAUGUAUCUUCCCCAAACACUUUGGUGUGUUUGUGAGUGUGUGUGAUGUUUAUUUAUCUAUUUAAGAUAAACUGUACAGUUUGUGUGUGGAUGUGUGUGUGUGUGGAUGCCUGAGAUGAGGAUAAAUUAGUGUAAAUACGUACAGGUGUAUAGUUGUAGUUCUGUAGUGGAUCAGCUCAAUGAAACAAAGAAAGUUCUCGUCUGUGUGUGAUGUUGAUUUCACUAGGAGAUCACGACUAUGGAAACAGUUUUGAAUAUAGCAUUUAGAUGAAUAUUUACAUUUUUGUUUACUUCAACUGUUGAGUCUUCAACCUUUAAUGCUGGAUAUGAGUUAGAGGCUUUUUGUUUUCUUGUUUUGCUAUCAAAUAGCUGUUUUUGUUUUUACUCCCAAUUUCACCAUUACACCAUAUUCUUUGCUAUUUAUUUUAAUGGUGUAAGCGAGUCAGCCAAAGUUCAGUCUCCUGACCGUUGAAAAUAUUUCACGUUUCUAAAUAUCAGAUGUAACACUGCCAGCACUGACAGUAGCCUCAGUUACUGUAAAGAUCCAACAAUAGAAGAAGUUUGCUUUAUACUUUUUGUUUUGUUUUGUUAGAUUUACGAGUCAAAGGAAUGGCACUCAGCAAUAGAAAAAUACCUCCAGUCCCACAUUCUGCCUUUAUUGUUAUGAACUGCUGGGAAAUACUGAAAAAUAUGUAACAUAAUGAUUGAUAAUUAUUGUCCCAACUGGUUUUCCGUCAUACGUUCAUGCUUUGUAAGCACGCUUAAAUGCUUAAAUUUCAUUCUGUAUGGUAUUAAAAAGGUCUUAAGAAGCAUUAACUUCGUAAAUUGGCAAAAAGGCGUUGACUCCACCACUGGCAGUUACAUCUAAAUUAAGUCCAACAUUAACCCUAAAACAGGAAAAGGAACUGUGCACAGUAUCUGGAAAGAUAAGUUAAAUUCAUGUGAUUUAUCCACAUUACUGUGAUGAGAGACAAAAAAUGUGUGUGUAUCCCAGCCCUCUGAUUGGUUGUCUGCAUGAACACACUGUUGUGCUGCAUGACACAAAAAUCUGACUGUUGCCACUUUAAAAUAUUUUUCUUUGUUGAGUGCACCACUUCCUUUCAUUUCAUGCUGUAACACUUUAUUUUCAUUUUUUUCUGAAAAUGUGUUGAUUGUAAUGUAUCACAUGAAUUAUGAUGGUUUGUAUGUAAACACUUGUUCCUGCAGAGGACUCAGGAAGGUCUCCACAACACAAGUGAAACACUAAAAACAAAGCUGAAGGAGCUUUAUGAUGCAGACGGAUUGUUUUUGUGUUUUAUGUGUCAUGUGCAGAAGAAUCUGUCAUACUUGAUUGAGCAGAUGUUUAAUUUCUCCACAGGUUUUGUGUGUUUGUAGCUUCUUUGAAGUUUGGAUGUUGUUUCUGUACAACAAACUGAACCAGGCAAUCCACAUGUCAAAUUUAGUGCAGUUUUUAUUCCUCUGGUUGGGAUCAGUUUACUGAAAUUAUUUCAAAGUAAUGAAAAGAAGCACAAAACUGUACCUACAAACUGCAUUAUUUGAAGAAGCAAUUAGCAAUAGAAAUGUAAUGAUUGUAAUCAGCAAUAUGGAUUUGUCUUUCCUUUUAAAAUAAAGCGAUCCCAACCGGCAACUCCACUAACUCAGCUGUCGUAGAUAUGAAGUGAUCUGUUGUGAAUGCAGCUGUGACUGAAGUAUUCUGAAUGUAACGUGUUUGGUGUUGUUCUGUCUCCUCCUCAUGUAUAUUUAUGCUGCUUCAGCUCAGUGUUGCAGGCAGUUCAGAUAUUUAUUCACAGAUCAAACAUUUAUUAAAAGCUAUA